CUGUGCUGCCAGUGCGGCGUCCCCAUCCCGCCCAACCCGGCCAACAUGUGCGUGGGCUGCCUGCGGGCCCAGGUGGACAUCACCGAGGGCAUCCCCAAGCAGGGCACGGUGCACUUCUGCAAGCAGUGCGAGAGGUAUCUCCAGCCUCCAGGAACCUGGAUCCAGUGUGCCUUGGAAUCGAGAGAGCUCCUGGCUUUGUGUCUGAAGAAACUCAGAGCUUCCCUGAGCAAGGUCCGGCUGAUUGAUGCAGGAUUCAUUUGGACAGAACCACAUUCCAAGAGGCUCAAGCUCAAACUGACUGUUCAGAAAGAGGUAAUAAAUGGGGCAGUUCUGCAGCAGGUGUUUGUGGUGGAGUACAUUGUUCAGUCUCAGAUGUGUGAAGACUGCCACAGGAUUGAAGCCAAGGAUUUCUGGAAAGCUGUGGUGCAAGUCAGGCAAAAGACUGUGCACAAGAAGACUUUUUUCUAUUUGGAGCAGCUGAUUUUGAAGCACAGGCUCCAUCAAAACACACUAAGGAUCAAAGAAAUCCACGAUGGCCUGGAUUUUUAUUACUCUUCCAAGCAACACGCCCAGAAGAUGGUGGACUUCCUUCAGUGCACAGUUCCAUCCAGAUCCAAAUCAUCCCAACGUUUGAUCUCCCACGACAUUCACAGCAAUGUCUACAACUACAAAAGCACUUUCUCUGUGGAAAUCGUUCCCAUUUGCAAGGACAACGUUGUGUGUCUGUCACCCAAGCUGGCCCAGAGUCUGGGGAACAUGAGCCAGAUCUGUGUGUGCAUCAGAGUGACCAGCACCAUCCACCUCAUUGACCCCAGGACUCUACAGAUUGCUGAAAUCGAUGGAAACACCUACUGGCGUCACCCCUUCAACAGCCUGUUCCACCCCAAGCAGCUGGAGGAGUUCAUCAUCAUGGAUAUCAACAGGGUGCAUGAGAAGAAAAAGGGUGCUGGGGCAGGGGCUCGAUCAAACAAGCACACUCUGGCUGAAGCCUGGGUCAGGAAAACCUCGGAGCUGGACACGGAUCACCAGUAUUUCUGCUGUACUCACCUGGGGCACAUCCUGAAUCCUGGGGACCUGGUCUUGGGCUUCGACUUGGCCAACUGCAACUUAAAUGAUGAAUUUGCCAACAAGAUGAACCCCCAACAUAUUCCUGAUGUGGUGCUGAUCAAGAAGAGCUAUGACCGCUCCAAGCGGCAGCGCCGCAGGAACUGGAAGCUGAAGGAGCUGGAAAGGGACAGGGAAGCCACGGACACAGAUGAUGAAAGACAAUACCAGGACUUCCUGGAAGAUCUGGAGGAGGAUGAGAACAUACGGAAGAAUGUCAACAUUUACAGAAAUGCAGAUAUUCCAGUGGAGAGUGACACAGAUGAUGAUGGAGCUCCACGGAUCAGCCUGGCUGAAAUGCUGGAGGAUCUCCACAUUUCCCAGGACGCCACGGGAGGGGAGGGAGCAGAAAUGCUGACAGAGUAAGGACAGAGCCUUACAUGCAAUAAAUAUUCCCCUGGGGAGGAAAAACUCCCCAGACCACAAUUAACCAUCACAAGAAAAGUGACAAAACUCCCACUGCACCCCAAAAUAAUGGCCUGGAAUUCAUAUUUUAUGGAUGAUAUUCCAGAGGAAUCAGCAAUUUGAGUUCAAUUUCUGGUGGAAGCACUGCAAUAUCAAUUCCACAAAUUCUUCCCAUCCCUGAGGGAUCUUUCCAUGCAAUUUCUGCAGUGGAGAAAAUAAGGAAUGAUGUCCAGAGGGAAAGAUUUUAUUCCAGUUUCCUGGAUUUUAGGUGGAGUCCCUACUUACUGUUACAGCUUUAAUUUCUCACAUGGGGAAGGUUUUCCCCAUUUUUUGGCGCAAUGGUUUGAAGCCUUUUAUGAUACUGGUAGAUUUUUUCAUAUAUCCAUGUUUUGGGGAAGCUCAAGACUGUAAUUUCUGUUCCUUCACACAAAGAAAACCUCCUGGAAAGCCCUUGAUGAGAAAGAUUGGAAAAUCCCGUGGAGUGUGAUGAAUAUUGAACUGUAUCUCAUGUCUGGAUGAGUGGAUUAAAAGCAACAUGCACAGUAAUUAAUUAAUAAAUCAGCUAUAAAGGAUUUAAAAACCUCU